GGAUGUAGUUCAGCUGGUAGAUCGCUCGCUUAGCAUGCGAGAGGUAUGCGAGAGGUAUGCGAGGGUAGAUCGCUUAGCAUCUCCAUUCUUCGUUUUUUCCCUAUUUACGUCGCCAACUCCUUUUGCGCCGUUUGAGCCGUUUCACAUCUCUGAGAUUGCCAAGGACCUCAAUGUCGGUCCAGAACACUACUCUCUGUAUGGCAAAUACAAAGCCAAGGAGUCUGAGGUCAUCAAUCUUUUAAGCAACAAAUUAACAGGAGAAAUUCCAGUUAAGAUUUCGAGUCUCUCGGGACUGCAUCAGCUGAACUUAUCAAGAAAUCAUUUGACAGGAAGGAUUCCUUUAGAUAUUGGGCAGAUUAGACAGUUAGAAUCACUUGACUUGUCACAAAACCAGCUUUCAGGUCAGCUUCCUUGGAGCAUGUCCCAUUUAAAUUUUCUCAACACUUUGAACCUGUCAUAUAACAACUUUUCUGGAAGAAUCCCAUUAUCAACCCAAAUGCAGACCUUUGAUGCUUCUGCAUUUGUUGGUAAUCCUGAACUCUGUGGGCCUCCUCUAAGACCAACUUUCCUGGAAGAAGAAAAAUCAAAGAGCAAGCCAACAGACUGCGGUGGCAAAGACAACAAAGAAGACGAGUAGAAUUCUGGAAAUUGUUUGAACCGGGUAUGGAGCUAGGAGCAAUCAUUUGUUUUGUGGGAGUCUGGCUGUGAAGUUAGAUCAUCCUUGGAAACAUCUGUUGUUCAACAACACGAGAGUCUGCCUCAGCAACUUGAAAGACUGCCUUUAUUUAAUUGUAGCAGCAUUUGGUUUGCUGGUGACGGAGCAUGUCUCCGGAUUGUGAAUAAAAUUGAAGUUUUAAG